AUGGUGGAUGGAAACCCCUACAGAAGUUCACGAGUCGACGCGAAGAAAGAAUCCUCGCCACAAAACGAUGAGCAAACCCAUAGUGCUAUCUCUAGUGGUCAUUCUUUUGGAAAUAUACGUAUUAUCAAUUCAUUACAGCAUACAGAAAGAGAUGUCUUCUAUUCUACCUACUGGGAAAGUCAAUGUCUACCAGCCUUGCAUCCACUUUUCCACUCAAUCAGCCGUCUUGCGAGCGACAGACCGAUGCUAAAAGAUGCUAUUCUCGCGCUGUCUUCGUGCAACCUCAGCCGUUUGAGUGCGGAGAAGAGAUUGUCUCAAACCGGGAAUAUGGGCUCCUUCAGCCCAAGUCUCAUUCAUCAAACUCGCAGCCAGUUGUAUUAUUCAUCUGCAAUUCGCAAAUUCACAUCCCUAAACCCUCUUGAAUCUCCACAAAAUGCGGCAAUCAUUUUAGCAGUUCAAGUUCUUUUCGCCUAUUUCGAAUCUUCGAUGGGAAAUCUCCAUGGCUUUAAUUGUCAUGUUCAAGGAAUGUCGGACUUUUUGAAGACGACGCCCAGCGUGUCUACGGACUUAACAAUGCAGUCAAUUCUUACUGCAUGGAUGCAAGUACGAUUUGUGGUCUGGUGGGCUCGUGCCUACUUCAGCUCAUUAGACAUUCAACAGCAAAUCUUGUCUGUUCCUUUGCCAACUUUACUCCCGGAAUUUGCUGCCUCCCUCGACGAGAGACGAGUUGAGGUAUUAGGCAUCAUGUGUGAGUCGCACCGACUGAAUUUUGCAUCACUAUUUCAGUAUUGGAACACUGGUCUGGUUUCCCGUCUCAAGAAUGACACAAAUCAAAAAUCUUCUCACAUGCAGCUUGCCGAAGAAAGUGAAAAACUAGAUAAAUGGCUUCGGCGGCUUCCAUCAUCUGAAGAGCCAUCCAAAACCAAUGUCUAUGCUGUGUCUUCCAAUGCAGUGGAUGAUAACAGAAAUGCUCUAUAUUUCCUCUCACACAAAGCAGCACUCAACUAUGCAUAUUAUGUAGUUGGUCGGCUCAUGCAGUGCAAGAGUCCUUUAAGAAAUAUGCAAAGUCGGAACUCUCAAAUAAUCGGGCACGAAUGUCACGAAGAGGAGUACUGGAUACGCUUACUACUUCGAAUAGCAAAAGGAACCAACCUACGGACAUCGCUUACUGAAAACAAUUACACGAUUGGAUUCACCGGCCUACUGCUCGCUGCGAUUCUUCGGUGUCAAAACAUGUCCCUCGGCAUUGAGAUUCAAGACUGGUUAGGGGCCCUCGCGGAGUUGCAGUCAACCGAAGAGGGAGCUUUCCCGGUAUAUCAAACACUAGGAGUGAUGAAGGCUAUCAACUUCCAGAGAUCCAUUGGCCGUGAUGUUUUUGCAAUUACGCUGCCACUGGAUGACGGGGGUGGUAUGCCCAAAUUCACUGCUUAUAGCAGUCAAUUAAUCACGACACUCGUUUUCUAUGGGAAGUCCAACAUAACCGGGGACCUCUUUGCUGAAUGUGCGACGAUAAAUAUGUAA